AUGACGGCAACGAGCCCGAAUACGAUCAAAAUCGGCUCGUUUGAGGUGUCCCGUCCAAUUGCAUUUACCUAUUUACUCACUAUUUUCUAUAAUAUUACAUUUUUCCUUCAAUUCUCUGCGACACCGUAUCUGGUAAAACAAUUGCAACUUUCUGAUGCAGACUUUGGUUACAUUCAAACAAUAUUCGGAGUAUUUCAAAUGAUUGGCGGACCACUUUUUGGAUAUGUGAUUCAGAAAUUUGGUAUAAGAUAUGCACUUCAUUUAUGCUAUUUUUCAACGCUUCUCUCAGGAUUAUCGCUUUAUUUUUCUUUUGACUACUAUUCCCUCCUUCUAUCCCGUAUUCCUGUAGUAUUCAUGCAUGGCCAACAAGCCCAUCAGACCCUUCUAUCUGCUCUAACAACACCUGGAAAAGAGAGAACAAGUGCAUUCGGACGAAUGGGUCUCACUUUUGGAAUUGGUUUCAUUUUUGUACCCAUUUUUUCGAUUGCUGCCACAAAGAUCGGUGGAGAUCUGGCACCUCUUCUGGUGUCAGCUGCAUUGUGUGCUCUUCCUUCAAUUGUAUUGGAGACAUGUAUUGAAAGGAAGUCUUAUGAGCACGAAAUCUCUCAAGAUGAUUCAAAUGGUCCUCCUCCACAAAUCAACAUCACCAACGUCGUCAGAAUACUCCAGAAACCAGGAGUCCUCAACGUAAUGGCCAAGAAAAAUGGAGGAGUUGUGCCGUUUUUGAUGAUUAUUGCAGUGCUUAAUUUGUACAUAAUCGAGAAAUUCAAUGCAACAAACACUGAAAAUCAGAUAAUGCAAAUGAUGAUGGGUGUGUUUAUCAUGUUUUCGAAUGGAUUUGGAGUCAUUUGGUUGAGGAAAAAGUUCGAUGAGCAGACACUUCUCAUCAUUGGAUCUCUGAGUUUUGUCGUCGGAUACACUCUCUUCACAUUUGUCUUCUUCAACUUCUGGAUGCUUCUUGUCAUUAUGCCAUUCGUUUCUCUCGGAAUGAGUGUGGUUGCAACGUGUUCUGAUAGUUUAUUGACAGCUUUGGUAGACGAAUCUGAGCAGGGUAUCGUCCUCGGAACUGCCACAUCUCUCAACUCCCUCGUCCGCACAUUUUCUCCCCUUUUCGCCGGUUCUCUACUUCAAAAUUACGGAUUCCAAUCGCUGACGAUACUCGGAGUUGUCGGUUCACUUCUUGCAAUCGGCCUUAUGAUUAUGUCGCCGGUCGACGAGAAUCUCAUUAAGAAACACAAAACGGAACUCUCAUCAGUCGACGCCUUCUCAUUCUCCAAUUGUUUCUUCACCGGAUCUGGAAUCUUUGCAAGUUCUUCCAGAACUUUCUUCGGUUUCUCAACAAUCGGUCGAUUCCUCUCAUUAUUUUUCUCAAUAAUCCUUAAUUGCUCUUUUGAAACAAGUGGUUUUGCAGUCACUGGCUCCGCAAUAGCCAAUGGAAGUUGCUUGUCCAUCUUUGGAUCUUCUGGAGUGUUCGCAUCUCUCGGAGGACUUGGAUCAUGUGCAUUGAUUCCUGGUGGAGUCACUUCUUCAUCAUAG